AUGGAUAAUUUUAAUGAAAACAGCAUCGAAAAAACCUUUCCAAUAACAAAUGUGUGCCGUUGUUGCCUUGCAGAAGGUUGUUACAAAGAUAUUUCCACUGAAUAUUUCAUCUCAGGAAAAAAAGAAGUCUAUGAAGAAAUAUUGAAAGACGUUUUUAAUUUAGAAAUUUCAUACCAAAAGUAUGGAGGACCGAGCCGAUACAGUCGACUAAUUUGUGAAAACUGCAUUGGAAAACUGCGUGAUGCAAAAGAAUUCAAAUAUAAAGUUGUAGCAAGUGAGAAGUCUUUCAUCAAGUUCUUAGAUGACAUGCAAAUAAAUGUAAAAGAAGAGGUUGCAGAAAAUAAUGAAGAAGUCGAUAAAAUUGCCGAGGAGUGUGCCGAAGUUUUAUCACAAUACCAAAAAAAUUUUAAAAAUUGGUUCCAGAAUUGUAAUACACCAUGA